GCCACUUUAGCUGAUGUGUCUUGUGUAUUUCUCCCUGUAUGGCUGUAACCCCGUGUUGUCUGCAGACUGCAGCUGCCACGUAUGAAAGGAGGAGCAAACAGCCCCUCCUUGCACUCCUCUGCUUUUCGGUCAACAGCAUGCAGAAAGUUUGCAUCAGUCUGCGGUGUCUGAGUUGUGUCAGAUAGAUGUUAGUAACAAAAACACUGACAGAUCCCCGUGUUUCCUAAGAUGCUCCAGUUUUUUGUCCUUCAUUAUACUGACAUUUCCUCACUUCAAGUUACUUAAAAAGAGAUAUUGACUUAAUGCUAAUUCUGAUAUGUACAUUGCUGAACACUGACAAACCGGUUGAAGGGACCUACAUUGUCGCUGCUGUAACAAUAUGAUGCUUCUGCAGGAACCUCACUCUCGUCUUUUUGUAUAGAUUUGGUGUAAACGUAAAAGAUGAUGACCAAAGUGAAGCAGCAAUCAUUCUCUGUCAGCCGGUGUUCUACGUCAUUAAACUAGACCCAUAUACAGAGCCCAAGUUCUUCAUGGGACAGCCUACAUCCGCAUACCUCAACCCGAGGAGCCCCGCCGAGAGACACGACGCGCUCACUGAUACGCUGCUGGUCCAGUUGGUAGGUUUGGACUGGAAACGCUCCUCAUCCACGACUGCAAAACCAGCAGCAUUCGCAUCACACACAACCACCUCGGCGAGCUCCUGCUGACAAUGACUGCGAAAAACCGGCAUAAGAACAGCUCCAGCGAGAAAAGCGCUGCGUCCAUCCAGGAUGAUGUGGCGAAGAAAAGCCAGAAGAGUAACAGUAAUGUAGUGAAUGGCUCCGGACCCCAGGCGCCACGGUCGAGGAGCUGCCUAGGUCUUUUUGUCACCACACUGUUUUAUAUUGCAUUAAUAGGCGGUGCAGUGUUUGCUGGUUUUUAUUUACAGCAAUUAGUAGAAGAAUUCCGACAGAUACACGCCAAAGAUGAGGAGAGUGCACGGCAAAGCGCAGAACUGGGCAGUAAACUGGAGAGUGUCGUUCAGCAGGUGGGGUCUCUGACGAAUGUUGUGAACAGGCUGGAGUCUUCACUGGGCAUCACACAGGUGGAGCUGGAGGGGGCCGUCAGCAGGAUGAAGAGGGGUGAGGAAGAGACAAGAAGGGUAGAGGAGGCUCUUCAGAAGCUCCAGAACGAUCUGCUCAAGGACCUCUCAGAGGGAAUCAAUGAGGUCAAAGUGGCCCGCGAGAAGGACUUCUCUUCCCUGGAGAAGACUGUCGAGGAUCGCCUGGCUGAAGUGAGUCAGUCCAUCACAGCCAGCGUGGCUGAGUUCACUGAAGCUCAGGGUGAGGCACAGAGCCAGCUGGCUGAUCUCAAAGCCCGUCUGGGUGACAUGGAAGACCCUGCGCUCAUCAAACAAGAGCUCUCUGCCAUUGUUGAUGCUGUAGCUGAAAUCAAAACCCAACAGGAGGCUUAUUCUUCAGUUAAUUUACUCAGGGAGCAGAUAAGUGCUGUGAGGGAAGAGCUCCAGACUCGCAAUCAGGAGAUGGCAUCACUGUCUCAGGAGGUCGAAACAGUGAGGUCACUAGUACAUGAGACUGUUGGGAAUCUGAGGCAGUCACUGUCUGCAGCAGAGACCGGAGUUCAGGCUUUGAAGGACAAUACCAUGACACUGGAGAGCAGGAUGGAGCAGACGGCUGGUGCUGUUCAUCAUGUGGAGAUACAGGUGAAUGAAGCAGCUGCUCAGGUGCAGAAAAGAACUGAUGACCUGGAAGCCAGAGUUAAAGCAUCAGAGGGGAGUGGAGAUUUAUUGUCCGCAUCAGUGCAAGAACUCUCCUCUAAAGUGGAAUCACUGCUUGAAAAGUACAACACCCAUGAAAGCACUCUAGCUGCAAAGGGGCAGGGUGCGGAGGAAGCCAGAACUGACUUAGAGCAGGAGCUGGAAGCCCUGAAAAGCUAUUUGGAGGAGAUUCAAGCCAACAUGGAUGCUCUGAGUGGUGCCCAGACUGAGUUAGCCUCACAGGACUCCAAUCUGGGUCAGCAGGUGGAGGACUUGGAGAAGAGGCUUUCUGCUCUGGAGGACAGCAGCAUCAAGGAACAGGAGUAGCCGGAGAAAGCAUGGCAUCUGGAGGGGAAGACAAGCAGCCAAGCUAGAAGGCCAUGAUCAGGCCUUUUCUGCUCUUAAGCCAGUACUGCAGGAGCCAGCACAGGCACUCACAAGGAAAAGUAGGGACAUUAAAUUAUCAGUACCACAGCAGAAUGCCAAAGCAUCCAGCAACAGGGACAAUAGGGACAAUAGUAACAAUAGGGACAAUAGUAAAUGUGAACCCACAUUUCCUAGUUCUAUGAAGAAUUAUUGCUAAAACUUGAUGGUUCAUGUCAUGAUGUUGCACAUUUUAGUAGAAAAGAUGCCUGAAGACAUUUGGGUUAGAGAUAGAGGACAGAGCUGGACUGUCUGUGAGUCCAAAUCCACACUCGAUGUGCACUGUAGUUUUAUUUUCUAAUGUUUUUAAUUAUUUGGUUAGAUUUGAAACUUUCUGUGGGAAGGCUGUUUUUUUAACCUCAAAAGUGUUUUUGAACACUCCUUUGUUUACUCACUUUCUUUUUUAUAAGAAUAAACUGUUGUUGACGCUAAACUGUGAGAAAGUGUUUCUUCUGAUUUGUUGCUUUGGCUCAGCUGCCUUUGCUGUUGCAUUGCUGGUGAAGUUGAUCGUGUAGGUGGGAAUGAAAACAAACUUUGAUGGGUGGGACGUACCCAAGGGCUGCUAAAAUCAAGUUAAAAUUCCGUCUCAACUACAUAUUUUCUAAUAUACUGUAGCAAAUU